CAUGUUUUCUCGACUGACACCUCCAUGGGGAUGGUCCUUAUCCCCAGGAGCCGGCGCUGCCCGGUCUGUGCUCUCACAAGCUAAGGGAUUGGCUCCAGGGCGGAGAUAUUUUUCGCGCAAUUCCUGGCUAAAUCAGUCGCCGUCGGCACCGUUCAAUACGCCCCAGUCACAGAAGCGAAAUGCUUCCACGAUGUAUUAUACGAUCAGUAUAAUCCUCGGCACAGUCUCCCUCGCCUACGGCUCCGUCCCAUUGUAUAAAAUGAUCUGCCAACAAACCGGCUGGAACGGGCAACCUGUUCUCACACACCGCGCAGGAGACGGCGACACAUCAUCGCGCGUCACCCCGGUGACUGACUCGCGCCGCCUGCGGAUCACGUUCAAUGGCUCCGUGUCAGAUGUACUACCUUGGAAAUUUACACCGCAGCAGCGCGAGGUCCGCGUACUUCCCGGCGAGACGGCACUUGCAUUCUACACGGCGACAAACAAGGGCCCUACGGAUAUCAUCGGAGUUGCGACAUAUAGCGUCACGCCGGGCCAAGUCGCUCCGUAUUUUAGCAAGAUUCAGUGCUUUUGCUUUGAGGAGCAGAAGUUAAAUGCGGGGGAGUCGGUUGACAUGCCGGUUUUCUUUUUCAUUGACCCGGAUUUUGUCACGGAUCCGGCAAUGAAGGGAAUUGAUACGAUUACGCUUUCUUAUACGUUCUUUAAAGCGCGAUAUGAUGACAAUGGUGUGCUUAAGCCCAUUGCAGGCAACUGAUACCCCCCCAAAAGGCUAUCGGCGGUGAACCUAGGUUAUCGAAUCCAGGCAGCAAUGGGGUAUUGACGUGCUCUGAACCUGCACCGAGAGAUCAAGCCACUUCCACUUGAUAUACACUCUCGUAGUCAUCUAGUCCUCUUCGAGGAGUUACUACCACCCUUCUCAAACCAUUAUAUAAAUGUACUAUAGCAAGCAGGAUUGGCGUUCCGGGGUAUGUAUCAUAGUCUGUACAUACUAACAUCGACGAUAUCUACAGGGCAUC